UCGACCGGCUGCUUUCGCGCUGAGCAGACAGACCGGGCGCUGCGAUGCAUUAGGCACGACCAAUGGCGGCAUCCUGCCAGGAUUCCGGGAGCUUGCUAUACGCGGACGGAGUGAUUGAGCGCUUAAUUGAGGCCGUCAAAAAGUACCCGUGUGUGUACGACACGAACAGGUUGGAAUAUCGCGACGCAUCAAGGAAAGAAAACGCAUGGAGGGCUAUAAGAACGGAUUGCGGGCUCACGACAGUUGAAGAGUGCUUAAAGCUCUGGAAACGGCUGCGGGACCGAUACACUCGGGAAAUGAAAGCACUUGAAAUGUAUAAAAGAUGCGGCAGUGACUCUAUAGCGAAGAGGACUUCGGAAUUCGCCCGUGCCAUGGAGUUUUACAAGGACUGUGGCCGACCCAGAAAAACAGUGUCAAAUCUUGCCCUAAAGUCGCCACUGGAUGAGAGUGGCAUAAAUGAAGAGCUUUCCAGUGGAACAACUGAAAUAUUCAACACAACGAUUGAAUCACCAUCACAUCCAUCACCCAUAGAUCCUGCAGAAAGAAAACCAGGCGUUUCGGAUCCACCUCUGGGCUCCCUAUCAAGGCAAGAAACGCAAAAUGGAAGGAAGGCUGCUGGAAGCAAACGAAAAAACAAUGACAGCUUCGAAGUAAAGUUGUUUUCUAAGCUAGACAAAAGAAUGACAGAAAAUGAAGCAUUUGGUUUGUCUGUAGGCAUGGCACUUGAUAGGUGGAGUGUGCAGCAAGCUUCAUUAUGUAAACUGAAAAUAAUGGAAAUCAUUGUAGGGUUUGAUGCGCAGUAAAAAAUGACAGCAAUACAUUAUAUGCUAAGAGUCUUAUUCAUUUGUUUAAUGAACAUUAAGCAGUUUUAAGAAGUUCGGAAGCGGUGUUCAAUUCACAAAGCUCAUUAAAUACGCUAUAACCUAGUGAGACCCGGCAGGCUCCUGUGUGGACAUUUUUUAUAAAUAUUUAGGAAAUAAAUUGCCCUUCCAAACACCCUGAA